AGGAGGAGAAGUAAGCUCGGUUGUUGAUGCAGAUUCGUUGUCCAGAAUCAAGAUCGAAGGCAUUCCUUUCCAGGCAUCUUCUAACUUGCUGUUUAGAUGCCUUGCAAUCCUUGACGAGUUUUCGGUGAAGAUUGGGAUUUUUCAUGUCCUGUGGUAACAAGUAUUCAAUGGCGUUUGUCAUUCUGCCGUAGUGUUAAUGAAAGGAGCUGCGGUUGGACAAAUUUUACACUUAUAUCAGAUAUUUAAUGGGGAUCAACUGAAGUUCCAAAUAGUACUCAAUGCCAAUGGUAAACCCUAAAUCAAAAGUGUCUGGUCGUCCAAAAAUAUGCUACAGACCUAUACUACCAUCUGACCUUGACACUAUAGAGCAUUUACAUGGAAAGCUCUUUCCUAUCAGGUAUGAGUCAUUAUUUUUCCAAGAUGUAGUAAAUGGGCAUGACAUUGUGUCAUGGGGAGCCGUGGACCGUAGUCGGCCUGAGGGCCAAAAGGAUGAACUUAUUGGAUUUGUAACAGCACGGAUUGUUCUUGCAAAAGAAAGCGAGAUAGUGGAUAUUCUUGGAUAUGACUCAUCCAAAUCAGAUCAAACUUUAAUUUAUAUUCUGACGCUGGGUGUGGUAGAAGCAUAUAGAAAUCUCGGAAUAGGUAUGAAAUUCUGUCACUUUAAUCUAGUUUAUGUUCUUGGUGGUAUAAUCUGUGGUCCAAUUUCUGCUUCAUCUGCAGCUUCUUCACUGAUUCGGGAGGUCACAAAAUAUGCUUCAAGCAUUCCAACCUGCCGAGCUGUUUACUUGCAUGUAAUUUCUUACAAUAACCCAGCAAUCUUUCUAUACAAGAAGAUGUCUUUCAAGUGUGUGAGAAGACUGCAAGGAUUUUAUUUCAUCAAUGGACAACAUCAUGAUUCUUAUCUAUUUGUGUACUAUGUGAAUGGGGGCCGAUCUCCUUGCUCACCAUUGGAGUUCCUCACUGGAAUAGCAAGCUACAUGAGGAGUGGCUUCAAGUUAAUUGCUGCGAGGCUACGCAGGAAUGAUGAGAGGAAGAUUUCAAGGUGGGCAAAAUGUAAAGAAAGUCAUUCUCUUGUAUCAUCAACGCAUAACAAGAAAAACAUGGCAACUGAGUGUACUAGAUAUGAGUGUGUUUGAUUUUUCUUAAUUAUAUUGUUGGGUCUGUCUGUUGUUCCAUGUAUAAUAAUAUAUCCUUACCUUCUUUUCCUCUAGGAAAUGUCAUAUUGAAACGUAGAAUAACACCUUCUUAUUGAACGACCAUGUCCUGUCAAUAAAGUUCCCCGUGUUCUGUUAAAAGGUGAUGCUGAUUAUCUGUUAAGUGCUGCAACCAAUUACACUUGUGAUCCGGUGGACCAUUCCAAAAUUGUCGACUGGUGAUCAAGAGCUUCCGAUUUAGUUUAGCUGUAACUGUAAUUGUUGUAUUAUACACAGGACUGGUACCCACUUGAUAAUUCAAGGGUUUCCUUGGCAGAUUAUUUUUUGGUCUGUUCAAUGCAGUUUGUUACCUGUA